ACGCCCAGGGAGCCCGUGCGUCACUACUCUGCGCCGGAUGACUGUUUUCGUGUUCUCUUCCUUCAGUAUCUGUCUACCUCCUCCCCGCAUCCACAGGAUCCCGGGAUAUGAACCGGAAGAGGCAUCGCUUGGUCCCGGAGGCCUUCGGACAGAAGAGGCGGCGGGAAGGAGGGGAUGUAGAGGCAGAUCCUUUGCGGGGAGAGUCAGGGUCUGCGCGCGCGGCAGUUGCGGAGCUAGUGCGGCUGUUCCCGCGAGUCCUGUUUGAGGAUGCGCUACCGCCCAUCGCGCUGAGGAGCCAGGUGUACAGCCUAGUGCCCGACCGGACGGUGGCUGACCGGCAGCUGAAGGCGCUUCAAGAGCGGGGGGAGAUCAGAAUCAUCCAACUAGGCUUCGACUUGGACGCCCAAGGAAUCAUCUUCACUGAGGACUAUAGGACCAGAGUCCUCAAGGUUUGUGAUGGCCGCCCGUACGCUGGCGCAGUGCAGAAGUUUCUGGCUUCAGUACUUCCAGCCUGUAGUGACCUUAGCUUCCAGCAGGACCAAAUGACACAGACCUUUGGCUUCAGGGACCCAGAAAUCACGCAGCUGGUGAAUGCCGGGGUCCUCACUGUCCGAGAUGCUGGAAGUUGGUGGCUAGCCGUGCCUGGAGCUGGGAGGUUCAUCAAAUAUUUUGUUAAAGGGCGCCAGGCUGUACUCGGCAUGGUCCGGAAGGCCAAGUACCGGGAGCUACUCCUUUCAGAGCUCCUGGGCCGGCGGGCACCUGCCGCGGCGCGACUCGGCCUCGCUUACCAUGUGCAUGACCUCAUUGGGGCCCAGCUGGUGGACUGUGUCUCCACCACUUCUGGAACCCUCCUCCGCCUGCCAGAGACGUGA